AUGGCUUCCCCAACUUUAGCCUUAGCCCAAUCUCCUCCUCUAAAACGUCCAGCCGUUUCAGUCACUCGAACAAUUCCUCAUUGCUGGUCCGAGCUUCCUCUUGAUCUCAUGCGAGUGGUCUUUGAACGCCUUGGAUUUUUGGAUUUUGACCGAGCUAAAUCGGUUUGUUCAUCUUGGCAAUCUGGUUCGAGACAAUGUAAGCCAAGCAAUAAGAUCCCUUGGAUGGUUCUAUUCCCCGUGGACAAGAAUUAUUGUCUCUUGAUCAAUCCUGAAGAUAAAGGAAAGAUCUACAAAACUCAACACCUUGGUGACAAUUUUGCAAAGAGUAUUUGUUUGACGACUUAUAGAAGCUGGCUUUUGAUGCAACAUCGUUACAAAGAGAAAGAAGGUCUUUAUGGUACUUAUCCAAAGCAUGAUGUUUAUAUUUUGGAUCUUUUAACCGGCGAGAGAAUCAAUCUACCAGCUUUCAAGUCAGGAAAAGAUGGACUCUCCAACCCGAUAUUAUGGAUAGACGAGAAAACCAAAGACUACCUAGUUCUCGGAAUGGCUAAUUCAUUCAUUCUGAUUUCGUCCAAGAAAGGAAAUAACUCGUGGAAAGAGAUCCCCCAGUUGCCAAAGUCAUGCACUGAAGAAUGUUUUAACUGUUUACAUAGUCAUCUCCAAAGUCAUGCACCGAAGACUGUAUACAAAGAUCACAAGCUUUAUUGUCUCAACUGUUCUUUUCUCUAUAUUUUCGAUUUUUCUGGAGAAGUUCCGCUGAAAGUUUUCAGAACUAGUGUACGUGGAUACGUACCUACUGAAGGAGGUUACAUAAGCCGUCCUGUUAAUCCAUGUGCGGGGAGUUACUGUAAGUAUAAUAUGGUAGUCACUCUAAGUGGAGAUGUCUUAAUUGUUAAGGCAGUACUUGUGAUCGAAACAUGGAGCUUUGAAAUCUACAAGAUGGAUUCAUCGACGGAGAACAAUUGGGAGGAAAUUGAUUCUCUGGGAGAUGAGUCAAUUCUUCUAGAUUUGGGUGUUACGGUGCUUGCUAAGGACCAAGAGGGAAUCACUCGUAACUCCAUUUACUUCAAUGAAAAUAAGUAUUUUGGGGAAUAUGAAAAGAAUGAAAUCUUCGUAUUCAAUCUUGAUACAAAGAUGGUUGAACAACAACCACAAGCAUUUCUUUCUUCGUCCAUGCCAUUGUCUCAUGCUCAUUGGUUCUUACCGAAUUUCAAAAGGGAAUGA